CUUCAGUCUUCUGACUCAGUGAGAGCUCUUCAUUUGUUGCACGUUCAGACGGGAGUUCCGACGCACCUGAACGAUAAUUCUCAUCAUGGCACUCUGUUAACUUCAAUACACAUCGUCGUCCCAACUCGGCGUGUCUUUCGAUCGGCAGGUGCCGCAACGCAGCAUUCAAUACACCUGGUAAAGAAGGCGAUGGGCGUCUAACGCUCGAAGCCGCGUUAUGGCAUCGGCAUAGCUGUUGCUUGCACCCAUGUCUCAACCACCACAGUGCCGAGCGUUCGCUAACACGGGCCAGUGCAGAUUUGGGUCAAGAUGCAAAUUUGCUCACGAGCGGGCUUCCAGCUCUGCAGAAGCGUCUUCUGAGACUGGCCGAUCUGCAACAUCUCAGCGUGCCAAUGCCUCCCGUGCACGCGCCUUGAACAUCCCUGAUAACAAUGCCUCACAAGCCUCGAUAGGACCUCGAUCGUCUGUGAAACGAGGUGAAGUGCCCUGUAAAGCAUGGCGCAGCGGCAACUGCACGAAAGGAGACCGAUGUUUUUUUGGACACGAUCAACAGGUCCAGGAGCAGGCGCGACUACGCACGGAGCAGGCGGCCCAGGAGGAGGCCAGAAGAGUUGCGGCGCAAUUGGAAGCGGGACGUCGAGCACAGGCCGAGGCUGAGCGCCAGCGCGAGCUUCAAGCUGCGCAGAGGGCCCAACAACGCGAACGCGAUGCGGAGCAAAGAGCUCGAAAACGGCAAAUGGAAAUCGAGAGAGCACAGCAGCGUGAGCUCGAAGCCACCCAAAGAGCACGGCAGCGCGAACUGGACGCUGCAUUCACAUUGCAGCACAUAGUUUUCGGCGCUAGCGUUGUGACUUUUGCGGCGGGCAUCGAUAUCCAGGAUGUCAUCACUGGCUUCGAAGCGUGCCGCAUCCGCAUUCAAAACCUCCCCCGCACAGCGAAGCCGGAUGAGAUCAAGCAGCUGUUCACACAACAAGGCAUCGACGCGAAGCGCUUGUUCAUCGCGUCAACUAGAUUGACGCCUGAUGGGCACAAGGAUGUCACGCUGGUCACCACCUCGGAGGAGGGUGGCAUCGUGGCGAUUGGUUUGGAGGACAUCGAGUUUGGGGACGAGCGGUUGCACUUCGAGGUGAUGGAGAGCUACAAGGAGGGCGGAAUGGGCAGCUUCGGCACGAACAAUGCGUCCAACACCCUGACGAUGACCUGGCCCGCCCCGUCGACCAGCGCGAUCGUAACCUUCGUUACUGUCGAGCAGGCGAGAGCCAAAGCUGGGUUCCUUAACCGAGGAGUCUGUGAAGGCCGCCGGGUUCGGGCGGAGAUGAAUAACCCGCCCCGGGCCAGUAUCAAUGUGGCCCGUGAAGUCAAGAUAAGCAGGCUACCUGUUGGGGUCUCUGCAACUCAGGUGCAAGAAUUCUGCGGGGGAAUGAUCUCGAAAUUCCUCAGACCUCUGUCGUACGACGUUGAAGCUGGAAUCGCUGCUCUAAGACAGGACGUGGAGAGAAUAGAGGCUCCAGAGGCGUUUGAUGUCGUCACUCGAGAUGGUCUGGAGGGCAACAUCGUGGUCAAAGCCCGCUUCCCGAACUGGGAAACAGCCAAGCGAGUGCAAGACUCUGUAUCAGGACUACGUCCAGUGUAUAUGGGUCAAUGCUCAAUCCGCGGCCAUCUACCAGAUCCUCUGCAGUACGUGCUCGCCAUUCCAACCGCACAGUUCCAAGCACAGGAACGAUCUUGGAACUCUUUGGAUGGCAUCCGUGUCACGCACAUGAAUACUCAUGUCCGUAUCCGUGUUGUCGGAGGCGACAAAACCGUCCUGGGGAAACUCAAAGUGCGCGUUGAGAAGCUCGCUGCGGGCGAGAAUCUGGGCCCUGCGUGCUGGAAUGACACUUUUCGAUCCAAGGCGGGCGCAGACUUUCUCAGCUCGUUGCACAGCCGCACUGGCGCUUACACACGAGCAGAUUGGAGGAUCUCUGCGGUCAAGGUGUACGGUGAUGCGGCUGCGGCUGCGAACGCUAGAGAAGCCGUCGAGGAAGAGAUCCGCCGCUUGAACAGCUCCCGAGAAGCACCCCUCGCGUCGUCUAGGGACCGCACGGAGCUUGUGACCGACAAGCCGAUCACCCAAUGGCAAGGAGUCUCUGGUGACCACAUCAGCAAUACCACCGAGCUGCGAGCGGCUGGCGGGGUGCGCGAACCUUCGGGCCGGACGGACGGACAUACGCGGAUUUCGAUGGAGACUUGGAAGCCCGCCUCGCCAAGAGCUCUCGGCCGGCGCGAUACGAUUUACUUCCGGUGCAGUAUAAAAGUUGAGGGGAUGAACUGCCCGGGUCAUUCCUCAACCAACCCACCCACCCGUCGCCGGAACAUGCAGCUGUCCACUUCCCUCCUGAACGUCCUCGGUCUGAUCUCGCUGGCGUCGUGCGCGGCGGCACAGAAGACGCCGCUGUGCACGCUCGCUGCGUCCGGGGGCGACGACGCGCCGCAGUUCCUCAAGGCCGCGCAGACCUGUACGCAGGUCGUGAUCCCCAAAGCGACGACGUUGAACAUCGCGACGCGCCUGAACAUGACGGGUCUGUCGAAUACACACAUCAACCUGCAGGGGAAGAUCCGCUUUGCCCCUAAUCUCCCGUACUGGAUCAAAAACUCGUUCGCCUUUGCAUAUCAAACCCAGAUCACAUGGUGGCUGCUGGGUGGAAACAACAUCCUCGUUAACGGAGGAGGAACGAUCGACGGCGCGGGUCAGGCGUGGUACGACGAAUUCGUCUCGAACAAGACCCUGCCUCGGCCCAUCUCGCUGACGAUCAUCGACGCGAAAAACGUGCUCGUGCAGAACAUCUCCAUGAUCAACUCGCCCGAGUGGUUCAACUUCCUCGUCAACGGCCAGAAUGUCACCUACGACGGCCUCACCCUCACUGCGGCCAGCACCAGCAGCGCGCUCGCGAAGAACACAGACGGGUGGGACAUCUACCGGUCGUCGGAUGUGACGAUCAAGAACUGCCACAUAAAGAAUGGCGACGACUGUGUUUCGUUCAAGCCGAAUGUCACCAACGUCAUCGUCGACAACUUGACCUGCGAUGGAAGCCACGGAAUUUCAGUGGGAUCCUUAGGCGAAGUUAACGGAGUUUACGACUAUGUUCAAAAUGUGGUUGCCACGAACGUCGUGAUGAGCAACUCGCAGAACGGCGCGCGGAUCAAAGCAUUUGCCGGACAGAACAGAGGCCUUGGAUUGGUCAAGAACAUCACCUUCAUGGGCUUCAAGGAGUCGCAGGUUGAUAAUCCCGUCGUCAUCGAUCAGUGCUACAUGACUACAGCUGCCGACUGCGCGAAAUACCCGUCCAACGUGUACAUCCAGGACAUUUUCUUCAAGAACAUCACUGGAACUGGCACACGCUCGGUCACGGCCAAACUCUCCUGCUCGCCAGGAAACCGCUGCACCGAUAUUAACGUCAACGACUUCUCUCUCACUCCCAAGUCCGGCUCGGGCUACUCCUGCCAGAACGUCCAGCUCACCGGGAAUGCCGCGAAGCUGUUCCCGACCUGCACUGUCACAUAGACGGUCUCAUUGCUGCGAUCACAGGCUUUAUUCUAAUCUCAAAGAGUACUUGAGUACUCGUUGUAAUCAACAUGUUCCCACGGUUUAUCAUACAUACAACCAUCUAAUCUUAUCGCGCACGGAAA